AUGAAUUCAUCGUCAGCCGCAAAACAUUUUUUUCCUCCCGUAUUCGAAAACAAUCCACAGAAUCCCGACGUCUUUGGCGGCCUGAUUUGUGAGGUAACGAAAAAGGGCAACACGGUUGGAAAAUAUCAUAUCAAAAUACAUUUGGGAAUUUCGCGGUCGGCAAAACAUCAUCAAAAUGUCGAUCUUGGAGAAAUUUUUGUGUACAAGCUGCUAGAUCUGAUAAAAGUUGGCCCAACAGUGCACUUCCUACCGAACAUCCAAAAAUCCAGAUUUGGACUCUACAUUGCCACGGAAGAUGUUAAAGGAUUUCGUCAAAGAUCUGAUAUCCAAAAAAUGAACGACAGAGAAAAAUUAAAGUGUGAAUUGCUCAGUAAUAUUCUUAUCCUAACGGAUCUUCAUUCGGAGAAUUAUGGCAUUGAUGGCGAAGGAAAUCUUAGUAUUAUCGACUUCCAGCUUGGCGCACUCCAUAGAGGGACAAAGAGAAUGGAAAAAUAUAUGAAAGACAACAUGAAAUAUCGCACCCAGAUUGUUGAAUUCAUCAAAUUGUGGAAUUUUCCAAAAGUCUUCGACUCCGCUGAUAGUGAAAUUACUAAUCAAAAGGAAUUAAUGGCAAAGCGAAAUAUUGGUAGACAGUCGAGUGACGAGUAUCUAGCAUACCUUAAACAAAUCAAAGAGAAUGUGUCUGUUGUUCUAGCUUCCAACCAUGAUGAAGAUAACACCGAACCAAGCCCGGCCAAAAUACAAAAAAUUCAAUGAAAUUUUUAUCGAUAAGACAUUUAACUGUCCAUCAACUAUGAAUCAAGCAAUUACACUUGAAUGAACCGAAAAAAUUGUUUUCUUUGAGAUAAAAUCAAACAUCCCAUAUUUUUGUUGCAGCAACAUGCGUUACUUAAUUUUUGUCCAAAAUGACAUUUUUUGACCUACAAUAAUUUCAUAA